AUGGCAAAAAGAAAUCUCCCUUAUGAACCAUACACAUAUUCCAGGUUCUUCUAUGCCUGCGAUGAACAAAUCUAUGCUUCCGUUUCCUUCUGUCCAGAAGCUUUCAAUUACACUUGCUUAUGCGGAAACAAGAAUGCCCUAGCAACGUAUGCUGGUUGUUUUGUUGAAAGCGGUCAUAACAAGACUAGGGUUACCGACUUCUUGGCUUCAUUCUGCAAGGACUACGGAUUUGUUGAACUUCCUAAAGACUGGUUUCAAGAAUCUUACCAAUAUUAUGUUGACAAUGCAAAUUCAGCUGACGAAAUCUCAGACUUUAAUAUGACUGUUCCAAUUAAUGUUCCGUUUAAAAUUAAUGCUACUGAAACCAACGUUUACAUUGAUUCCUAUAAUAUAUUUGUUGGUAAUUAUGAUGAUUCAUUGUACUAUGGUGCUGCAACUUUGGGAUAUUGGGCUCUAAUUGUUAUUAUCGGAGCUAUCUCGAACUGGUCCAAGCUUUUGUUUCCAGGUUUGGUGAAAUCUCUUACUGACCCAUUUUCGAACUAUUGGAGAAAGUAUAUUUCCAUGCCGGCUAUGUUCGGAAAGAAGAGAGCAAGAGAACAGAAAUUUCUUUGGGUGCUUGAUUUCUUAAUUCCUUCCAGAUAUGAGUCCAUUGUUAUUUUUAUAUUCUAUAUUUUGAUAAUUGCUAUUCAUUCCAUGAACAUGACAUAUAUGGAAGGUGAUCCAAUAUUCCCUAAGAAGUAUGAUGCCUUAAUGAGAUAUGUUUCCGACCGAACUGGUAUCGUCGCAACCAUUAUGAUGCCAUUGGUAUUCUUAUUUUCAGGAAGAAACAACUUCUUGCAAUGGGUUACAAGAUGGAAUUAUGCUACUUUCAUGGCAUAUCAUCGUCAUAUUGCUAGAAUCAUGUUUGUGCUUGUUGUAAUUCAUGCUGUUGGUUUCACUAUUACUUUGGAAAGUUAUUAUGCUGCAGAAAUGGCCGAGACAUACAUGAUUUGGGGUACGUUUGCAACCGUAGCUGGCGGUCUUAUUUUAGUUCAAGCAAUGCUUUAUUUGAGAAGAAAAUGGUACGAGGUUUUCUUAGUUAUUCACAUCAUUUUGGCGGCAUUCUGGUUAGCUGGUACAUGGGUUCAUGUUGACGAGUUAGGAUAUGUCUGGUUUGUCUAUCCUGCAGUCGCGGUUUGGUGCUUCGAUCGCUUGGGGAGAAUUAUUCGUUUGGUAGCUUUCGGGUUCCCUAUAGCUGAUGUUAGUUUAGUUUCCGAAGAGACUAUCAAGGUAGUAAUUCCUAAACCAAGCUAUUGGCAUUCGAUCCCUGGUGACCAUGCGUUUGUGCACUUUAUGAAACCAGCGUACUUCUGGCAAUCUCAUCCAUUCACUUUCACUGAUACUAUCCAUCACGAAAACAAAAUUGUUUUCUACACUAAGGUCAAGAAGGGUCUCACAGCUAGAUUAUUUCAAACCUUAGUUCUGAUCCCAGGGAGAGCAAUUAAGAUGAAAGUGGGUGUGGAAGGUCCAUAUGGAGAAGCAACUGCAGCAAAGACUUCCGACACGGCUGUUUUCGUAGCUGGUGGAAAUGGUAUUCCAGGAAUUUAUUCAGAGAUUGUUGAUAUUGCUGAAAAAGCAGGACAGAACAGUAAGAAGAUUUUGAAAUUAUUUUGGGUUAUCAGGGAAUACAAAUCAUUGUUGUGGUUUUAUGAAGAACUCCGUCUUUUGAAAAAUUCUGGAAUUCAAACUACUAUCUACGUUACCAGGCCGGACAACCUUUCACAUCUUGAAGAAUUCAAUGGCAGUUCAAAAGUUGUAGCAGAGAGCGAUUUGAUGGAAGGUACUGACAAGGAAAGAGAGAAGGAUGUUGCUAUACAAGAGAAUAUCAAGCAUGAAAGAUCCGAUAGUGAAGUUGAAGACAAGACGGAUAAUGCUAGGAUUCUUGAAGCUAUUAAAUCUGAUUUAUCCCAUGUUGAAUUCAAGCAAGGUAGACCAAAUCUUGAAGAAUUGGUUGUCGAAGAAAUUCAUGAAUGUGCUGGGUCUGUUUCUUUUGUUGUCUGCGGUGCUCCAAUGAUGGUCGAUGAUGUAAGAUACUACUGUACCAAGAAUAUCGAUAAUGGUGAGAAGAAGAGAGUUGACUUCUACGAUCAACUGCAAGUUUGGGCUUAG